UGGGCUGAUGAGUGAAAUAGUGGCGCUGCAAAGGCACUAGAAAGGGGAAGCGCGCUCUCAGUAGUUUGGGGGUGCUCCGGUCUUACCCUCGUUCUUGCCGAAGACCACUGGGGUAUCUUGCCAUCAUGACGCAGGCAGAGUUUGAUAAAGCUGCUGAAGAAGUUAAGAAACUGAAGACCCAGCCAACAGAUGCAGAAAUGCUAGAUAUCUACAGCCAUUACAAGCAAGCUACAGUUGGAGAUGUAAAUACAGAACGCCCUGGAAUGCUUGAUUUCAAAGGCAAAGCCAAGUGGGAUGCCUGGAGUGCUUUAAAAGGUAUGUCGAAAGAAGAUGCAAUGAAAGCCUAUAUAGCAAAAGUUAAUGAGCUGAAGGACAAAUAUGGAAUGCAAUGAACUCCUGCCUGAAUGGAAAUAUGCUUCACUAACAGUGUGGAUACCUAAAUUGUAUAGUGCACAGUACUGCAGUGCCAAAAGUGUGCUACUUCUGAAUUAAUCACUGUGUAAUUUCCUUCUAACGGUUUAUAGAAUAAAAAUACCCUGUCAGUCAGUGUCCAACUGAUUGGUAAUGACA